AUGGACCGGGAUCCCGUACAUAACGACGACGCUUCGAAUCAGCCCAGUGUCGGAUACGACGACGCYCUGAAACAUCUCAAUGCCGGACCUGGGCCAGACUGGUCAGGAAACUAUCCGGACACAGAGGACGAGACGGACGAGUUUGGCGCGAAGCUCGCCGCGUAUGAAAAGAAGCGCCUCGCGCUAGAGACGACCGGGUCGGAGAGCAGGAAUAAAAGGCGUCCGAAGACCCCGCCCAGCCCGCGACAAGUGGCGUGGGACGAAGCCGUUACGAGGCAUUGGGCGGAUAAGAGAGGGGAGGAGGCGGAGGAGAAGACGAGGGAGGAGCAGGCGGAGGGGAAGGGGAGGGAGAAGCCGUUGCGUGAUCGAUUGGAGCGAAAGCCAGAGGGCAGUAAGCCCAGAGAACCCUUCUGGAGAGCAAAAGAACGGCACGCAGAUAGGACUGUCGCGAAGGAGAGCGAUGCAACGCGACCAAAACAGCAUGUGCGUGCGGUGAGCGACGGAUACCCGCCCGCCGAUCCGCCGGUGAAUGUUCCCCAAGGGUGGGGCCACAGGAAUAGGCACCGCGCUAGCUGGUUACACAGAUCUACCACGGAAGGCGAAGCGUUGGGUUUAAUACACAGCGUGAAGCGUGUGGACGAGGACACGGUCCUUUUACACAAGACUUCCUUCACCGGCGACGACAUUCUAGCAGCUGGGCAGGACUCGCCCAUGUCCGCGCGACGUCUACGGCAAUUCUCAUCGCCUUCAUCGCUACAUCACAUGAACACGACCAUCCCAUCAGCGGAGCAAGACGUAGACGAUCUGGAGUUCAACGAUGAUUCCGUUCUGGUCUCUACUCCGGCGGUGAACACUCGCAAUCGCAAGAUCGAUGAGCUCAUGAAGGGGGAAACUGUAGAUGUAGAGAGGCAUGGCGUCACGACGCAAAGACAAAGCCGCUUUGCUCUGAGCAGCGCGACAGACGACCGCCCGGUGAGCGCUCCUGAGGGCGAGAACAGGCCAUUUCCACGGCGAAGGCGUGGCGCAAAAGACAAGGAGGAGGCUGUGAUUGAUGAGAAUGUCGGGGGGCCCACACCUUUGCUAAACGUCACAUCCAAGAAAGAGGGCUCGCAGGAAAAUGGACGCAACGAUUCAAUAGACUUGUUGAGAAGGCUUGCCCGGGCUUCCAGUCUGUCACCUACUCCUGCGUCUGACAAGGUGGUGCGCGAGUAUCCGGACACGAAGAAAGUUAUCGAAGAGAAACAGAAGACCAAGGAAGACGAUUGGGACGCCAGUGAUAUUCCGACCUUGCGGCAGCGCGGAAGGGACAAGAGAACGGCGGUCGACAAUAUCUUCGCUAACGUACCUGCGAAGCCGGAUAACAACAGUCAAAAGACACGAGCUGUUUUCUCAAAACUGGCGGAACGAGACCCUCGACGAAUCAAUAGCGAACCUUUGCAGCCAAAGUCCGCACUAGAUGCUAUCGUGCAAGAGGCCAAGGCCAAGCAUGACUCAAAUAUUGGCGACAGCACUAUGGCUUCUCUUGAAGACAUUGUAAAUCCAAACACCGACAAUUCCUCGAUAAACCUUGAUACGGACAAGAAAAUAACGGUAGAGGAUACCAUCGAAAAAGGCGAGGCUGUCUCCUCCUCAGAAGAAACUCGCCGCAGAGAAGUGCGGGAAUUUGAAGAAGCAAACAAGCGCCUUCGCGUGGCUAGGACGUCUAUAAAGGACGCGGACCGUGGGCUAAGAAGGUUGGAAAACCAACUCGAAGCUACAGAAACUGAGCCAACUAAAACCCGCCCUGAGGCCAAGAAAGGUACAGACACCGAGGCAACCAAAGUUUCUCCUGGAAUCAACAAGAGUAACAAAGCGUCAAACACUGGCAACGUGCAGAUCCGCUAUGCUGACCAUCUGCGAGAGUUCACACCCUACACCGAUCAUAACGGGCGUACAAGGUGCAAACACUGUGGCGGUUGCUAUUUGUCUGUUUGGCGUGGCAUGUGGGUCGAAUUCCGAGAACUUUUCUAUACCUGGGGUCCAGAAGAAGAUGGCGCUCCCCUAAAGAUGACGUGGCUAGGGACCAUGUUUGCCAUAUGGUGGGCAUGGAUCAUCGCCGAGAUCGCAAUGUCCACGCUCUUCAACCCAUGGCUCUAUGAUGCGAGGUUUCCCUUUGUAACAAUCACUCUGAUAUAUCGAAUUGUCCGCGAGCCUCUGGAGACCGCGGAAUGGGUCAUUGAUGUUGUUGGCAAUCUUGUCUUUGGAGACAGUGCUGAGGUGGUGGAGCCGUUGACAAGUACUGCUGGGGCUUGGAUAAGGAACUCUACGCCUACGCCGAUACAUGAGCGAGCCGUGAGGGGGAAUGAUGGGGAUUGGGUAGCGGCUGCUGCGGCUGCUACUGGCGCUGCUACGAGGAUGGUAGUGAGGAGUGCCAUGGAUGCUGUGGAUGAGGCGGGGUCGAUGUGGGACGAUGAUUAUUUGAAUCUGUGA